CACAUUACUCCACCCCAUGAAGACAGAGGGUCGCCAACGUGGAAUGGUCAGGUCUUACCAGAUCCUACCGCCAUCCCUCAACCCCCGACCCAAGACCCGAUUCCGGAACCGCUUCGAUUCACCUCCCUCCGCCGGCCUCUUCACCAAGGUUCCCUCUAAACCCAACAAGCACUGCAAGUUCACCGGCAAGGGCGCCGUCUCCGGCUACAACGCCUGCCACGUUCUCCCCUCCUCCAAGUCCAGGCACAAGGCGAAAGGCACCCACAAGCUCAAAUCCUCCGACGUCUCUUGGAGCGCUCGCCUCGCAUCUUGGCGGAUUGUUGAUGCCCGCCCCGGUUUCGCGCUCUCCGGGCUAUCCGUUACCCAGAUGUUAGACCGUCUUUCUGUCGACGACUCCGAAAACGAAGGUUGUGAGGAGAUUGUCGGUGAUUACACUGUGGGUCCGAAGGAUUCCUAUUCUUUUGUUGACCUCUUUCGUAGUGGUGAUGAUGUAGGGAAUAGCUGCGAUGAAGAUGGAAAUGGUUUUUGCGAGGGUGAGUCACGAAACUGACGACUGACGAGGCUUACAUUUAACCAUUUCUGAGAUGGGAUUGCAGAUGGAGCAAUUCCGGGUCGAAGAAGAUGGAGAUUGGUAUUUAAUUAAAUGCUUAAGUGGUUAAACAAUUUUCCGGUGGGAUUAUGAUGUGGAUUAAGGGGGUUGAGUUUGGACCUUAAACUGCUCAGUUUGAAAUAUUAUCUUCGGUGAUAAGUGGAAUUGGA